CACACAAAGUUUGUGCCUGCGGGUGCGCAGCCGUCGGGCUCGACCGGCUCAGAGAGCAGAGAGUGGAGGGUGGGCGGCCCAGUACUGAAGGGCUCGGCAGGCGGCGGUGGCGGCGUUGGAGAUGCGCCGCUCCCUGCCGAGCCUGUCCCGCCGCGCUAGGUGAGGCGGCUCCGGGAGCGCGGCCGCGGCCAUGGGCACCCUGGGCAAGACGAGAGAGGCUCCGCGGAAACCUUCUCAUGGCAGCAGAGCUGCCCCUAAAACAAGACUAGAGGCGAAGCCAGCCAGCAGCCCCUGCCCCUCCCAUCCCAGCCUGGCCCAGAUCACCCAGUUCCGAAUGAUGGUGUCUCUGGGACAUCUAGCCAAAGGAGCCAGCCUGGACGAUCUCAUUGACAGCUGUGUUCAAUCUUUCGAUGCAGAUGGAAACCUGUGUCGAAGUAACCAGCUGUUACAAGUCAUGCUGACCAUGCACCGAAUUCUCAUUUCCUCUGCUGAACUGCUGCAAAAAGUGAUCACCCUCUAUAAGGAUGCCUUGGCAAAGAAUUCACCAGGGCUUUGCCUGAAGAUCUGCUAUUUUGUAAGGUACUGGAUAACGGAAUUCUGGAUCAUGUUUAAAAUGGAUACCAGCUUGGCACACACCAUGGAGGAGUUUCAGGAGUUGGUAAAAGCUAAUGGCGAGGAGCUCCACAGCCGCCUGAUUGACACAACUCAAAUCAAUUCCCGUGACUGGUCCAGGAAACUGACUCAAAGGAUAAAAUCUAACACCAGCAAGAAACGGAAAGUCUCCCUGCUCUUUGACCAUCUGGAGCCAGAAGAGCUCUCAGAGCACCUUACCUACCUGGAGUUCAAGUCCUUCCGGAGGAUAUCGUUCUCCGAUUAUCAGAAUUACCUAGUGAAUAGCUGCGUGAAGGAGAACCCCACCAUGGAGCGGUCCAUUGCCCUCUGUAACGGCAUCUCCCAGUGGGUUCAACUCAUGGUUCUCAGCCGCCCCACCCCACAGCUCCGAGCCGAAGUCUUCAUCAAGUUCAUCCAGGUGGCUCAGAAACUCCACCAGCUACAAAACUUCAAUACAUUGAUGGCUGUGAUAGGAGGGCUAUGUCAUAGCUCAAUCUCCAGACUCAAGGAGACAAGUUCACAUGUCCCGCAUGAAAUCAAUAAGGUUCUGGGUGAGAUGACCGAGCUGCUGUCCUCCUGUAGAAACUAUGACAACUACCGGCGCGCCUAUGGGGAGUGCACCCACUUCAAGAUCCCCAUCCUGGGGGUGCACCUCAAGGACCUCAUCUCCCUGUACGAAGCCAUGCCUGACUAUCUGGAGGAGGGCAAGGUGAACGUCCACAAGCUGCUGGCCCUUUACAAUCAUAUCAACGAACUGGUCCAACUGCAGGAGGUGGCCCCGCCCUUGGAGGCCAACAAGGACUUGGUGCAUCUGCUGACGUUAUCCUUAGAUCUCUACUACACUGAAGAUGAAAUCUAUGAGCUUUCCUAUGCCCGGGAACCCAGGAACCACAAGGCUCCGCCACUCACACCUUCAAAGCCACCAGUAGUAGUGGACUGGGCCUCUGGAGUAUCUCCCAAACCUGACCCAAAGACCAUAAGCAAACACGUGCAGAGGAUGGUGGAUUCUGUCUUCAAGAAUUAUGAUCAUGACCAGGAUGGAUACAUCUCCCAGGAAGAAUUUGAAAAGAUUGCUGCAAGUUUUCCAUUUUCCUUCUGUGUAAUGGACAAAGACAGGGAAGGCCUCAUCAGCAGAGAUGAGAUCACAGCCUACUUCAUGAGGGCAAGCUCAAUAUACUCCAAGCUGGGCCUGGGCUUUCCUCACAACUUCCAAGAGACUACCUACCUGAAGCCUACUUUCUGUGACAACUGUGCUGGAUUUCUCUGGGGAGUGAUCAAACAAGGGUAUCGGUGUAAAGACUGUGGGAUGAACUGCCACAAACAGUGCAAAGAUCUGGUUGUGUUCGAGUGCAAGAAGCGAGCCAAGAAUUCAACAGCUCCCACAGAGAACAGCACCUCUGUGGGGCCAACGCCCAACCUUUGCUCCUUGGGAGCCAAAGAUCUGCUCCACGCACCUGAGGAAGGGCCUUUCACAUUCCCCAAUGGGGAGGCCGUGGAACACAGUGAGGAGAGUAAGGAUCGGACCAUCAUGCUCAUGGGAGUGUCCUCACAGAAGAUUUCUGUUCGGCUGAAGAGGACUGUUGCCCAUAAGGCCACUCAGACCGAAUCACUGUCUUGGCUUAGCAGCGAGGGCCCUUCUGGUCACUUUGUGCUAUCUUCCCCAAGGAAGACAGCCCAGGAUACUCUGUACGUGCUUCCCAGCCCUACAUCUCCGUGUCCCAGCCCAGUCUUGGUCAGAAAGCGGGCUUUCGUCAAGUGGGAGAAUAAAGAAUCCCUCAUAAAAUCAAAGGAAGAGCUCCGUCACCUCAGACUCCCCACCUACCAAGAGCUGGAACAGAGUACAGAGCUCAGAGUGAGAGCUGGCUUAGAAAGACUUCUUGUCAUGGGACAGGAGUUUCUUACCAAAGACAGGUAACUUAGUCACUUUAGAGAUACCAUCAUUUACUUUAUUAAAGGGGAAGAAUGCCUGUCUGCCUUUUUGCCCAAAACAUCAAGGUUGGCAAUGUAUUUUUGGAGGCCUAGCAGUACAGACACAAACCCAAUAUCCAAACAGCUAGAAUUCCUACAUAAUUCUACAAACUACAUAGUAAAACUGCCCAAGAGAGUCUCAGGAUUCCGUGCCCUGUUCUCAGUGUUGCACCUUCCCUGUCAGACUCCUAGGCAUUGAAUUGAAGAAACAAUUUAGAUAAUGUAUGCAAAACUCUUGCUUUGGUGCCUAGAACAAAGAACAUAAUAUUAGGAGGAACAUUUGAGAAAAGAACAGGUUUUCCUGGAUGAAAAAAAAAUUCCAAAUGAGAAAGUACUUAAGACAUGCUAUAAGAAUCAAGUCAAUCAGAAGGUAGCAAAGCCCUCUCUCGUUAGGGGUAGAAAUGGUCAGAACCUCAACUUCUAAGAACAAUGAAAGAAACCUUGAAAACUGAACUUAAUCAAGUGGAAAGAACUUUGUCUUGGGAAGAAAGACCUUUGUUUCUAGUCCCCAGAUUAUAUUUCUUACGCCUGCUGUUAAAAUGUCACCUAUUUGGUCCUCUGUAAAAUACAAGGCUAGGAGUCCAUGCUCACUGUGGUUUGCUUCAGAUCCUGACACUUGACAUGCCCGUGAUAAGGAGCAACAUAAUUGGCAACAACGACUUCUUGCUGCAAGAAGUGGGUAGUAGAAGGAUUUCAGAUGAGUUAGGUCCAGAACAAUUCCUAACCAGUGAUAAAACCUCUUUAUACUUUUAUCCUUGUCAUUGGGACAGGACUAGGAUUCACUAUGCAUGUUUCAGAGUAUUUAAAAUAAUAUGUAAUACUAAUAUUAUAAAGGUAAUAAAUAUUGCACAUUGUUUUGUGUGUAUAUACCUCUAAACCAGCAUAGGAUAAAACAAAGUACAAACAAAGCCUCUUGGGUUCAGAUCCUCAGUCUGAAACUAUCAUUACAUAACACAGUACCUGGCACAUAGCAAAUGCUUCAUAUUACUAAGUAACUAAUAAACAAUAAUCUAAAUCAUUUGCAUUGGAAAACUGGAUGCCUCCCAAAUUUUAAGCCUCAUAUUUGUUGGGGUAAUGAAUGUGAUAUAAGGUAACAACACAAGAUUCAAAGUCUUAAGACCAGGGACAUCAGCAUCAUGGUGGCCUGUGUCAUUCCUUUUAUCCUCUCCCCUUUUAUUUACAACUUAUUGGUCAUUCAUAAACAAACAAGAGUGGCUCUAUAGAACACCCAGUAGAUUUCUACCCACCUGUGCUUCAGCAAAUAGGUGCAGAGGACCUCAGAAAGAGCUCUGGAGCCAAGGGAACUGGUGAGCCUGCCCCAAGAUGACUUGCUGCUAUCAGAGGAAAAAGUGAAGAGAGAAUGCAGGGCAGUGGAUAUGUAAGAGCAUUUGCAGAGGUCCAGCCAGCCUGACAGGAGAACCAGACACACCAUCAGAACAAGAUAAAGACAAGUUUGGAGGCAGGGGAAAAGGAGAAACUCAAGGUGUCAGUCCCCCUCCCCAGAGUGAAUGUGCUGGGUUUUCUCCCUCAGAAAAGGUGGAAAGUGAAAGUGGUGAGUGACUGAACACCCAGCUGGAAGGACUCAUUUCUCUCCAGCAGUACCCAGAUUUCUGAGGGACCUCUGUGACUAGAAAAAAGAAAGAGGCAGCCAAGAACAACAGGUGUGGAAAGAAUGUGCUCCUUACUGUCUGCUUCAGGAUUUCAUUCAGCAGGAGGGAGGUCCAAGUACUGCCUACUGUGCCCUGGGCACACACAACACCCCAGGUGCUAAGCCCACAACUACCCCUGCUCUGCCCCUGGCUCUUUAUAUGCCAGUUUUUUUUACAUGCAUUCCCAGGUGCAGCCCUACAGCCAGUUCAGGUGGAGAAAAUGAAAACAAGCUAUUAUAUGUGCUACCUUCUAGAAAACAAAAAUAAAGGUUUCUAAUUACCAGAUUGUUGGACUGUAACAAUCAAAGUAAACUACUAAGAAAGAUGUGGCGCUACUUCAGACAGUUGAGGCAAACACUAUGAAAAAUCAUGGUAAUAUAUCACAAAAAGAAAAUGACACAGAAUAUAAUAAAGAAAUCAAAUUAGCUAUUCCAAAGAGAGUGAAUAAGCUAUAAGAAAACUCAAAAAGGCAUUUCACUGAACUCAGAAAUAAAACUAAUGAACAGAAGGAGGGGUUUUUUUGUUUGUUUGUUUGGUCUUUUUAGGGCCACACCUGUGGCAGCAUAUGGAAAUUCCCAGGCUAGGGGUUGAAUUGGAGCUGUUGCCACCAGCCUACACCACAGCCACAACCAUGCCAGAUCCAAGUCACAACUGAGAGCUAUACCACAGUUCAACGACCAGAAUACCAGAUCCUUAACCCGCUGAGUGAGGCCAGGGAUUGAACCCAUGUCUUCAAGGAUACUAGUUUGAUUCCUUACUGCUGAGCCACAACAAGAACUCCAGAAAAAUAAUUGGUCUACCAGAGAGAGAGCAGUGAGCAUAUUUUGAGAAAUAAUAGCUGAGAACUUCUCAAACCUGGGAAGAAACUGUACUUACAAGACCAAGAAGUUGAUAAUUAUCUUAAUGCAAGGCACAUUAUAAUGAAAUAAGGCACGUAAUAAGACUCCACAAGGUAUGUUAUAAUGAAAAUGCCAAAAAGUAAUAAUAAAGAAAGAAUGUUAAAGGAAGCCAGAGGGAAAAAAAUGAAAGAAACCUACAGAGUUAUUAUUAGGCUAUCAGCAUAUUCCUCAGCAGAAACUCUACAGGCCAACAGAAAAUAGAAUGACUUAUUCAAGUGCUGAAGGAUAAACACUGCCAGCCACAAAUACUUUACCUGGCAAAAUUAUCUUUCAGAUAUGAAGGGCAUCAAAAAGAAAAGAUGUUGGUGAAACAAAAGCAAUGAAAGUACACAAUUGUAUAAAAAAGUUAAAAAACAGAAUUAGAAAACUAUAACUCUAGGUUAGAAUGGUUAAUUAACCCUUAACUAUAGUAUAAAAGCUUAAGGAAAGGAGCACUAAAAAUGAUACCUACUAUGAUUUCUCAACAAAUUCACAGCAUAAAAAGAGGUAAGCUAUGACAUGAAGAGUGUAAAAGGGGAAGAGUAGAGUAGGGUAGAGUCUUUAUAGGUGAGCAAAGAUGUUACCUAUAAGAUGUUUUAUGUAAGCCACAAUGAUAAGCACAAAGUGAAAAUCUAGAGUAGAGUCAUGAAACAUUAAAAAAUAAGAGAUAUUGAACAAAUCACUUUGGAAAACUACCACUUUAUGAAAGUAAACAGAAACAGAGGGGAAAAAGGAACAAUGUAUAUACAAACAACCAGAAGGAAAAUAAGAUGGCAGUAUUAAAUCUUUACAUAUCAAUAAUCACUAAAUAUAAAUUAACUGAAUUUACCAAUUAAAAGACACAAAAUGGCCAGAUGGAUAAAUAAACAAGAUCUAACCAUAUGCUGUCUACAGGGAUGCACAGGCUCAAAGUGAAGGGAAUAAGGAUAUUCCAUGCAAAAGUGGAAACCAAAAGAAAGCAAAUAUAGCCAUACUUAAAUCAGACAAAACAGACUUCAAGGCAAAAACAAUAAAAAGAGAGAAACAAUGUUGUUACACUAUGAAAAAGAGUCAAUACAUAAACAAGAAACAGCAAUUGUUAAGUAUACGUGCACCCAACACUGGAGCACUAAAAUGUAUUAAAUACUUAUACAGCUAAAGCAAGAAAUAACAAUACAAUGAUAGUAGGGCACUUCAACACUCUACUGUCAGCAAUGGAUGGAUCAUCCAGACAGAAAAAUUAACGAGGAAAUGUUGGAUUUGAACCACACUGUAGUACAAAUAGACUUAACAGACAUAUAUAGAACAUCCCAUUCAAGAGCAGCAAAAUACGCAUUCUUCUUGAAUACACACAAAACAUUUUCCAAGACAGAGCAUCUGACGGAGCACAAAACAAAUCUCAGCAAAUUUAAUACUGAAAUAAUGCCAAUUAUCUUUUCUGAUCACAGUGAUAUAAAAUAGAAAUCAGUAAGAAAAAAGCUAGACCAUCUACAAAUAUACAGAAACUAAAUGACACACUUCUAAAAGUGUGUGUCAAAGAAGUAAAAGUGAAAUAAAAUAUCUUGGAGCAAAUGAAAAUGGAAGUGUGUCAAAGAAGUAAAAGUGAAAUAAAAUGUCUUGGAACAAAUGCAAAUGGAAAUACAGCAUAUCAAAACUUAUGAGAUGCAGCAAAAGAAGUUCUAAGGGGAAAGAUGAAAGUGAUAUAUCAAAAAAUUAUAAACACCCAAAUAAACUUUACAUCUCCAGAUAAGAAACUAAGGAAAAAAAACCAACAAAUUAAGCACAAAGUUAGAAGAAAGAAUUAAUAAAGAUCAAAGUGGAAAUAGAUAAAAUAGGGGAAAAAAUAGAAAGGAUUGAAAAAACUAAAAAAGAUAAACAAAAUUAACAGUUGUGAAUAAUCAUUUAACUGUGAAUAAUCAUCUGCCCUUAACAUACUCAGAUGCACCAUUGCAAACCAAAACUUUGUGCACAUUGACAAAAGAUAAGCAAAAUUGACAAACCUUUAUUCACACUAAGAAAGUAUGAAAAGCCUCAAAUAUGUAAAAGUAGAAAUAUAAAAGGAGAUAUCACAACUGUUACUACACAUAUACAUAGGACCAUAAGAGACUAGUGUGAAUAAUUAUAUACCAACAAAUUAGAUAAUCUAGAAGAAACCGAUAAACUUCUAGAAAUACGCAACCUACCAAAACUGAAUCAAGGAGAAAAAAAAAAA